GAUUCCAGGUUCAAAUCCUGGCGGGGUCGCUGUUAUUUUGAUUUUUUUCUCAUAUAAAUCGCCUUUCACAAAGUUAUGAGACCACAUACCACAGGCUUCAUUGCGGUCUCAGAGGGAAAGUAUGACCCGGCAUUUCUGACAGCCGGAGCGAUAAUGAUUUUUGGUUCAAAUCUCAUGUUUCUGAGAAAGCUGACAGGACGGAAAGACUCGAGUGAGGAAAAUCUUGCAUUGGGUAUAGAAUCUUUUGAGUUAUUUGUUAACGCAAGGGAACGGUGCUUUGAAUGCAGGAGAUCCUGGCAAGAAGUACCGCAGGUUGUAAAAGGUGUGAAUCGUCAGAGCUCGGAUCACUUGGAGUUCUGGAAAAUUUUGGCGAUCAAGGCAACUGACAAAGGUACCCGUGAGCUAUCGGUGCAAUUUCUUGGCGAUCAUCUUUGGGUAAAAGGUUAAAUCUCU